GGUUUUGCUUCCGGUUCUGCUGGUUCCUUCCGGUCGCCAUGGCGACGGGGCGCCUGGGGGUCGGAGAAACGCUAGGGGCCCUCAACACGGCCCUGGGGCCUGGCGACCCCGUGUGGUUCAAGGAGACGCGCGCCCGCCACCUGCGUGCCCGAGACUUUCUGGCGCCGCGGCCCGCAUUACAAGCGCGCUUCGGGGACGGACAGGUGCCCGAGCGUGUGGUCCGUGCAGUCGCCGGCCUGCAGGGCCCCGGCGUGGCCCCGGUGCUGCGCUGCGCGCCGACCCCCGCGGGUCUGGCGCUCCAGCUGCAGCGGCCCGCCGUCUUCGAGCGCGUGCUCGGCGCCGUGGCCGCCUAUGUCGCGCCCGCCGCGCCCGCCGCGCCGGGCCCGCGCGUCCUCCUCCACUGUCCGGCGCUGCGCAGCGCCCCCGGCGCGCUCCGCCUGAGCCAGCUGCGCGCCGUGCUCGUGGCCGAUCAUUUGGCGCGAACUCUGCGCGCUCACGGGGAGAGUGUGCGCCUCGUCCCCGCCGUGCGAGACCCGCACAUGCCGACCUUCCUGCAGCAACUGCGCGUGGACUGGCCCGCUGCUUCGGAGAGAGCCGCCACCGAAGCCCUGAGGAACCGCGCGCUUGCAGAGCUUAGCCCUGCCCAGGAGCGGGGAGCCCUGCCCCGCGGCGUCCUGGGCACAGUGUGCCUGAAGGAGCUGGUGCAAGAACGGGGACGCGCAGCUGGCUAUGACCCCAACCUGGACAAGUGUCUGGUGACUGAGGAUCUGCUCUCGGUUUUAGCCGAGCUGCAGGAGGCUGCGCGCUGCUGGCCAGGGGACAGCCCUCCAUCCCUGGCUGCGGUCCCAGAUGCUAAUGCAGACCGCUGCAUGGUUGUGCACGUGGUGAGCUGUGAGGAGGAGUUCCAGCAACAAAAGGUGGACCUGCUUUGGCGGAAGCUGGAUGACCAGGCUCCGCUCACACAGAAGCACCUGGUCUGUGGCCCGGUGAAAGUGGCUGGUGCACCCGGCACCCUCACUGCCCCCGAGUACUACGAGCUCCGGCACGCCCAGGUGUGCAAGGCGUCAGCAGUGAAGCACGGCAGGGACCUGGCACAAGACCCUGCCUGGACAGAGGUCUUCAGCGUUCUCUCCGUGGCGACCAUCAAGUUUGAGAUGCUCAGCACAGCCCCGCACGGUCAGCUUCUCCUGGCCCUGGCCGACAGCAGCAUUUCCACAAAGGGCACCAAGAGCGGCACCUUCGUCAUGUAUAACUGUGCCCGUCUUGCCACACUGUUUGAAGGGUACAGGCACAGCAUGGAACAAGGUCUGUACCCCACUUUUCCACCUGUGAGCAGUCUUGAUUUCUCACUGCUACAGGAUGAGGGUGAGUGGCUCCUGCUCUUCAAUGGCAUCCUCCCCUUCCCAGACCUGCUGAGCCAGACAGCAGCCCUGGCAUGCACAGCCCCAGGGCUGCACACGACCGCACGCACAGAGACGAUGUGCAAGUUCCUGGUACAGCUCAGCAUGGAUUUCAGCUCCUACUAUAACCGCAUACACAUCCUAGGAGCGCCUCGACCACACCUUUUUGGUCAAAUGUUUGCCCGUCUCCAGCUUCUGCGGGCCGUGCGUGAAGUGCUUCACACCGGCCUAGCCACGCUGGGCCUCCCUCCGCUGGACCAUAUCUAAGGCCACAGAGACCCCAAUAUCUAGGAAUGUUUACAGAGUCAUCACCUGAAAAGAAGAUACACAGAUUUUGUUAGGGACCUGAAACCAAAAAUAAAUUACUUCUAUUAUAAAGCCUGGUCCUA